CUGGGUUCCGAACCCUAGAUAGUACCUUUUUUGUCUUUUCAGGGUUAGAUCUAGGGAGCAGAACGAGGGGCUAUCAUUGAAAAGUCGGUAUGUAAUGUAAUUACCAUCGGCCGCCGUGCUCGUUCGGGGAAUAGUCCACGUGGAAAAUAGAUCCCCUCGAUAAGAAUUUCCCGUUUGGUACAUCCUCGUCCCGUCGACGGGAGAGAGCUAUCAUCAUCAUCGUGCUACAAAGUCCGAAUCCUACCGCAAAAGAAGGCGGUCUCAUGUUCAGUGUUCCCAAAGUCAUCCUCGUCCACAUAGGCGUUGUGCCCAGCCAAGGCCUGAUUCGCCUCGUCUCCAUUCUCCUGAUUCCCCCGCAAGCGUGGGCCAAAGCUUCCGGACUCCGGUGGCCCGUUUAAUUCCCCUCACACCGUAGAUCGAGACAGAGAGGGGCGAACCGGGGGACUACUUGAGAAACCGCGGCCCUGAGUGGCUGGGAAGCGCGUCAGCAUGUGUGAUAUGAUGAACUCGACUCGACACGGCGAUACGGCGAUCAUGGCUCCUGGCACCUGGCACCUGCAGUGCUGACGCUGAAUUGGCCAAGGGCCCUUUCUUUUCUGGCCGCAGCAAUAGUGCAAUGAUCAAUCACGAAUCUUGGUUGUGGAACUUGGCCCAGAGGGAAAAAAAAAAGGCCCAGAGAUUAGCGUGUUGGCUUUCACUGGUCCUCGUGUUAUCAUCGCCUUCGCCUCUUUCUGACUUUCUGAUCCUUGUCUCUCCCCCCUCCAGGAGAACGGUGGCUCAUAUUUACUUCGGUAGCCUCCGGGACACACCGAAUGCGUUCUUUAAUCGCCCUUCUCCCCUCUUCUUUGAUCGGUGACGGUUCAGACCCGAAGCGAAACGCGGAUCCUGAAUAACAGGACUCAUCCUGUUCCUUUCUUUGCUUCCUACACCGUGUCUUGCUCCUUCCGCUCGGUCCGCUUCUUUGUUCCUGCGACGAUCCUCUUCUCACUAGUGGCUCCCCCCCCCGAUCGGCCCUUAGUGUACAGCUCCCCUCCCCACACUUGAACGCCUCGAAGGUCCGCCUCCCUCACGUGCGACAUGAGAUGUAAAGAUACGCUUGUCGCCAUCAUCCAUCGAAUCUCCCAGGAUUGAAAAACACAAUUCACGAUUUACAGGCCCCUCUUCGGAGGUGGUUUCAGCGUGGAAUCAAUGGAAAUUGCCUCGUUGGCCACACGAGGCCUUUAUCCUAAGGUCCCUCCGGCCUUUGAGUCGCGAAAUGACAUCAAUCCGACCUUAAUGAUGAGCUGGUGGGCCACGGGCUUCUCGUUAGCGAUUAUUAUCGUCCGAUUAUGCGGUCGCUACGUGCGAAUCGAGCGCUUCUUUCCCGAAGACAAGGUCGUGAUGCUCAGCGUCAUCCCGCUUACCAUUCGCAUGGUGCUGGUUCAUUUCGUGUUGGUUUUCGGGACCAACAAUACUCAAACGGCCGGGUUGACGCAGGACCAAAUCGACAAAAGGGUGAUCGGAAGUAAGCUGGUCCUGGCAGCACGCAUCUUCUACGCCAUCUUUAUCUGGACAGCCAAGCUUACGGUCUGCGAGUUCCUGAAACGAGUCACUGGCAUGGUCUGGCGUAAGUCAGUGGCUAUGUUCCUGUGCUUUAUCCAUUUCUUCCUCAUCUCCACCCUUGUCGCCGUCGUCAUCGCGACGCUGGCUGAGUGCCAGCCCAUGGACCAUUACUGGCAGGUCAUCCCAGACCCUGGACCUAGUUGCCGGAGCGGGUAUGCGCAGCUCAUUACGAUGGGGGCUUGCGACGUCAUCACAGAUCUUCUUCUCGUUGCCUUCCCUGUACCCAUCAUCUUGAUGGCCCAGAUGCCCAUCAAACGAAAGCUCGCCCUCGUCACCCUCUUCUGCCUUUCACUGAUUUUAGUCGCCAUCACCUGCUACCGGGUACCGUCCGUGAUCGAGCGUCGAGGUGCACAACCGUAUCGUUCUCUCGUCGCUUCAUUGGAGAUUCUCGCUGCGACGGCUGUCUCCAAUCUCGUUGUGAUCGGUUCUUUCGUCCGUGAUCGCGGCGCUAAGAAACUCAAGUACAAGCGCGCCCAGGGCUCCGCGUCCGUUACCGAAAGCAUGGACAAUAGCUAUGUCCGCCGCAACACUGUCAUGCAGCAUCAAUGGGGCAGUGACUCUGAUCUUGCUGGAGACCUAGGCAUCCGGCUCGAUCCCAAGCUCUACUCCUCAGCUCCAGGCGGUGCCGUUCCUAUCCCAGCUCCACCUGUACCUCUCAUGGUCGCUCGCACCGGUUCCAUCGAUCCGUCAUGGUCCUUCAACCAAAGCCAAACCUCGGAUGAAGACCGCGCCUCAACGUCUGACAGCCUCGAUAUCAAAAUCAGCCCUCGCGAAUACCUCCCGACCAGCCAAUCCCCCCGUGACAAGGCACCCUCAUCCCCACCACCUCUCUCUCGCCGCGUAUCUUUCUUCGAUGUCGGUGGUCUCCUAAAUCGGACCGAACCAGAACCACAACGAGACUCACGACCCGCCCUUCUUUCGCGCCACACGAUGACCCCCUCAACGACUGCUCCUGUCGAACUUCAACGUCAACGUCGUGGUAGCAGGGCUUUCCUCGAGGAUCUUGGCGUCCUUGUACCUCGUACCACCGCUUCCACACCGCCUCAACCCCAGCCCCAGUCACGCUUCUCAUCACCACCUUCUAUCAAUACUACCGCUACCACGAGACAACUAUCCCAUACCCUGCCGCCCUACCGAACCUCACCCGACAUCUCCCUUGACGUAGAUGUCGAGCUCCAAGAUGUAGGCGGCCUACUUUCGAGACAUACCCACCGACCCUAAUUUUGACACGCGAUGCGAUACGAUUGUUUUUUUCUAAAUUUACUUUGGUUUGGUGAUUUACCUGGCUAGGAGGAGUCGGAUUCCUUUCUUAUUUCUUUUUGUUUCUUUUGGGAUCUUGGGUUUAAGAUUUCUGCUUCUUCACGGUCAUACCCCCUUUGCUUCUGGCUUCUGCAGCAUUUGUGUUCGCCGAUCUUAUGACGGUGGAUUUAGCGUUGGCGUUGGCGGGUUUUCAUUCCCUCCCUCUUGGAUACCAGAGAGGAGGCACUAUGUAAAACAAAACCCUCAUACGGAACUGUUUGUUUUUUGCUUGGCUGGUUUUGUACAUCACAUACCACAUACUAUGAAGAUAUGAACCCAUUUUUGACUCGUACA